AAUUCCAUCUUCACACAACCUUCGUUCAACUUCCGUCAAACGCCCGCUAACUGGCCUCACGUUACAGCUCCCGCUGGUCUCCCACUUUUCCAGAAAAUGUGGGAGGGUUUGGUUUGUUGACAGGACAGGAUACAGUAUCGGUUUUAUUGAAAUUCGGUUGAACUAAACAGGGUGGUAGAGAAGAUGGAGGAUGUUGCUGGUCACAGGAUGUGGUGAUGAGGCAAUCAUCGGAAGGACUGUUCCUCUUUCGUCCUGCUGCGAGUGGUCGGCGGUAACAGAGACCGAUUGUCAGGCAACACCCAUUUCUGGUGGCGAGUCGAGCAAACUCAGCUAGGAUGCAGUCACAGGAAGGGGAGGAGCCUUCUCCUAACAGCAGCCAAUCAGACAGCCGGUUGAAGAGCAAGAAGCCGCCCAGUCUGGUCAUAGCCAUCCCUGCCCCAGAGGAAGAAGAGAGAGCUGAAACGGUCAAGCAGCCCCUGCGUUCAUCCCUGAAGAAGAGUGAGAGCCUGCAGCAGGCCAGUCCUCUGUCUGACAGUGGUACUGAUGGGGGUGGAGGUCACUCUGCUGGGGACAGGAGGGCAGCCUUCUACAGACAGACCUCCCUGUCUCAGAGCAUACGCAAGGGUACAGCCCAAGCUACAGCCCAAGCAGCAGGUUGGUUCGGGGUGGGUGAGAACUGUGAGACCAAGCAGCAGCUAUGGCAGAAGAAGAGUCUGCGCCACUGCAGCCAGCGCUACGGCAAGCUCAAGGCCCAGUACAGAGAGCCAGAGCUCCCCGUCAGCAUGGACCAGGGCCUGGACUCACCCGCCGCAAACAAGAUGCCCAAGAUUGUGGACCCCCUAGCGCGGGGGCGAGCGUUCCGCUACCCGGAUGAGACGGACCGUCCUCCCCGUACCCCCCACACGGGACCCGUCACCCCGGGGUUCACCUCCCUUUCCUCCUUCACCUCCCAGCGCUCCGGGAACUACGCCCACCUGCCCCGACGCAAGAGGGAGUCUGUUGCCCGCAUGAGUAUACGAGCAGCAUCCAACCUACUCAGGGGUCGUUCAGGUCUAGUGGGCUCCCAGACAGGUCGUAGUUUCCCCCGGCGGAGCUUCGCCCGACCCAGCUGGCUGGAGGAGGACACUGUGGACUCAGCAGACACUCACGGGUCCAUGUUCUUCAGCAAGGUGGAUGCCCAUGAGGAGUUGUACUCCAUGGCUGAUGAUGUGUUCGAGUCUCCCCCUAUGUCGGCUUCCUACGGAGACCACCAUGAGCCCUACCAGAGCCUUAGGGAUGUGUCUAAAACCCCCACCGUGCAUAUUGAGAAGGCCGGGCCACAGCAGCGGGGACGUCGUAUCGCCUCCCAGGUCAAGCACUUUGCCUUUGACAAGCCCAAGCGGCAGUUCGGCAUGGGCGUGGUGGGCAAGUGGCUCAACCGCCACUACCGCCACAGCAUCAGCAGCCAGGUGCAGAAACAGCUGGACGACUUCAGCAGCCACAGACCGUACUUCACCUACUGGAUCACCUUUGUCCACGUGGUCAUCACCAUCCUGGCCUGUGCUACCUAUGGCUUUGCCCCUGUGGGGUUCGCCCAACACUCUACCUCUGAACUGGUGUUGAAGAACAAGGGCAUCUAUGAGAGUGUCAAGUUCAUCCAGCAGGAGAACUUCUGGAUCGGCCCUGGCUCUGAGGACCUAAUCCACCUUGGGGCCAAGUUCUCCCCGUGUAUCCGCAAGGACAGCCAGAUAGUCAGUCUCAUCCAGAAAGCCAAGGACCAGGAGAGAGAGUCAGGCUGCUGUGUACAGAACGACAACUCAGGCUGUGUCCAGACCCUCAGCAACGACUGCUCGGAGUCAUUGGCCACCUUCAUGAAAUGGAAGGAUGAAGAUGUGGACAUUCUGAGGUCAUCAGGCUCUGUGUGUCACCAGGACCCCAGGACCUGUGAAGAGCCUGCCUCCGCAGAGCCUCACAUCUGGCCCGAUGACAUCACACAUUGGCCGAUCUGCACCUCCCCCCGCAAGACGAACCUGACAGGCUACAGACACAUGGACUGUAACAUCAAGGGACGACCCUGCUGCAUAGAAACUAAGGGCCGGUGUGAGAUCACAACGAGAGAGUACUGCUCCUUCAUGCACGGUUACUUCCACGAGGAGGCCACCCUCUGCUCCCAGAUCCACUGUCUGGAUGAUGUGUGUGGCCUCCUGCCCUUCCUCAACCCUGACGUCCCUGACCAGGUCUACAGGCUGUGGCUCUCCUUGUUCCUACACGCAGGCCUCCUCCACUGCCUGGUGUCCGUAGUGUUCCAGAUGACCAUCAUGAGAGACCUGGAGAAGCUGGCUGGCUGGGUCCGCAUCUCCAUCAUUUACGUCCUCUCUGGCAUCACCGGCAACCUGGCCAGCGCCCUCUUCCUCCCCUACAGAGCUGAGGUACACACACAGGCUCACACAUAGGAGCGCAUGUACACAC